AUAACGUGGUUCUUGGUGAUGGGAAGAAUGAUUAUUUGCUUGAAAAGAAAGGACAGGGCAUGGAAGGAGAUGACCCAUGGCGACUAGUGAAUCGGCGCGUUUGAGUUGGAGAGGCCCAUGGCUAUGUUGAACAGCGUGCAUGUUUAUAUAGGAAAAGAACGGACGAGUGUUUGGUAAUUGGCAGGGCAUCUUUUUGAAAUUAAACUAGCGAAAAUUGCCAGAUUAUUUAAUCACAAUUUGCUGUCAAAACCCCUAGGUCAUGGGUUGCAUUCAGUAGAGCUACUUUGCCUUGCUGCAAUGGCAAGAAAGGUUGCUUACGCAGGAAAUUCAAAUACAUACGUAGUUAUUUGUUAGUGACUCAGAGAUUAAACAGUAGAAACAGUGGGGAACCAUCUUGGUUUGUAUAUUAAGAAUUCAGGAAAUCCAGCUGACUAAUCUUUCUUCUAAGCAAUGCCCUUCUUACAGGUUAAUCCAUUUGAGAUCCAGAAGUGAACUCCAAGCCUCGAAAAAAUGACUUGUAUUUCUUGCAACCUCUAAAAACUGCGUAUAAAACAAAGAAAAACAUUCACUAACUCCACGAUAAGAAACCAGGAUGAAAUUCACACUUUUCUUCUGCAUUUUCUUGUGCCCUUGCAUCACUAUCUGCUUGGCAGAUAGCGAUAAUCUUCAGGAUACUUGCCCAACAGCUACUACAGGCAAGCAAACUGUCUUCAUCAAUGGCUUCCCUUGCAAGAAUCCAAACAGCAUCGUUGCUUCAGAUUUCAAGUCAUCAAAACUGAGUCAUCCUGGUGACACAGGCAAUUUCUUCCGUUCAUCACUUACCCUUGACAUGGCUGCGGAUUUCCCAGGUCUCAACACUCUCGGCCUCUCAAUAGCCAGGACUGACCUUGACGUUGAUGGUUUGACCAUGCCUCAUUCCCAUCCAAGAGCAUCCGAGAUAUUCUUCGUUAGCACAGGCGUGGUGUUUGCUGGCUUUUUCGACACUCAAAGCAAACUGUUCUCAAAAACUCUCAAGCCAGGAGAAGUUUUUGUGGUUCCUCAAGGUCUGCUCCACUUUUUCAUCAAUACUGGCGAUGAGGCUGCAGCUGUUUUCUCUGUACUUAAUAGCCAGAACCCAGGGGUGGUAAAGAUUGCCGAUGCAGCGUUUGAGCCUUUUGGUCUAUUGUUACCCGUGUCUAGAAGUUUUUGAAGUUGCUGAAGAUGAUGAUGAUAUAUUCAAGAUCAUACAAAGCAUAGUGAUCAACUCUGGACCGACCUAUAAGGUCACCAGCUCUAGAAGCAACCCAUAAUCAAGAGAUACAGCUUGAGGCAGCAAUGGAGGAUGACAGAGGUCGAUCUACUGCAGACACUUUCAAUAAUAUUAAGAAGAUAGAGCUUGGGGCAUCGACAAUUGUAACCUCUGGAAUUGGACUAUCACAAGUUCAAGAGGAAAUAGAUUCUUUUGAGUGCUUUGUAUUUUAUUUUUCAAUGAUAAUUGAAAAUCAUUUCCCAUACCUUGUCUCUGCAAGAUAUAUUCAAAACACAAUUGAGAAUUACCACUCAAAAAAAAUCUCUGCAAAAUCAUUCCAGCCCACCAAUGCAAUAGACCAAAGCUUGACUUCAAGCAAGUUAAUGAAGCCCAACUUCAAGAGGCUCAAAAGGAAACAUAAAUGAAAAAUAAGGUUCUUCUUACCGUGGGAGAGCAUCGUUGUUCCUGGGGAAGAGGCUGAUAUUCCAACAUCCU